AAGAGCAGCAAAGCCCGAAGAAGAAUUUAACGAUUCCCGGUUGUGAACCGCUCCAGUCCCUGUAGUGGGCCAUCGGUAACUGACUAAUUGUUUUGGACUUAAAGCAAAACCACUUCGUUUACUAGCUGUUUAGUUUAUAUCUCAAAGCGAGCCCCACCAGUGCGAUGAAUUCCUAACAACUGACUAUGUUUUAACAGCGAUCUUGUAGCAUUCAGGAUCAUUUCUGCAACACAAAAAGAGACCAAUGGAGGAGGGCUCUGAGGUGAUGGAGGAUAUUGUGUUUCGAGGAGUGGAGUUUUCUGUGAAGAUAGAGCUGGACAAGAAUUUGCUGAUAGUGGAAGUCUCUGAUUCCAUGACAGCAGAUCAGUGGAGAGGAGAAUUUGAUCCAGCAUAUAUCGAAGACCUCACUCGCAAAACGGGCAACUUCAAACAGUUCCCAAUUUUCUGCAGCAUGUUGGAAUCUGCCGUCAGAAAGACAAGUGAUUCGGUUACACUUGACCUCCUGACCUAUGCUGACCUUGAGCUUCUACGCAACAGAAAAGCAGGAGUGGUCAGCCGUCCUCGUGGCCAUCAGCAGUCAUCUGCUCUCACUUCUAAAAGAUACCUCAUCCUUAUCUAUACUGUAGAGUUUGACAGGAUACACUACCCAUUACCGCUGCCCUAUGUGGGGAAGCCUGACCCAGUUACCCUUCAGAAGGAGAUCAGAGCACUCCGGGCAGAAGUCAGCGCUCUCACCUCCCAUGGAGUCAACAAAUCUGCAGAUCUGGAAAUACAGCGGCUCCGACAAGAGCUGUUUGUAGUAAAAGAAGAGAAGGAAGCCAUGGCCAAAGUCCUGGAGCGAGUUCAGAUGAGUGGAAACGUGUCCAUCGCCGGGCAGGAGGACUGGAGGAUCAGAGAUGUGGUGCGAACGCUGGAGGAACAGCUCAUCAAGGAGAGAGCCAAAAGUCAGAGGUCAACAAAUAAGAGGUGCCAGGAGCAGCAGUUUCUAAUGGAGCAGCUGGAGGAGCUGAGAGCGUCCGAGUGUGCUCUUCGUGUUCGUGUCAAAAGUCUCACCAAUGAACUGGCGUUACUGCGGAGAGGGUUAGACAAUCUAAGCGCCAGAGUGACUCCGGUUUCGGGUCGCUUUGGUUCUCCGGUCGAUGGGGAAGUCUAUCGCUCUGUUUCCCGUGAGAGAAGAUCUGGUUACGGGACAGCCCGGGCUCGGUCCGGAUCUAGGGAGCGGUCGGAGGACAGUCGGCAUCGAUCAGUGGAAAGAGGAAGAAGAGCGGACUCUUCAGGACCUCGGGCUUGCAUACCCAGGCCAUCGCCUUCACCCACAGGGUCCAGGGGGCCCCGCUUUGACCCGACUGCUUACAUUCAGGACAGGCAGCGCAGGCAGAAAGAGGCGGAACUCAAAAAACAGAGGAAGGUGAGAAGAGACAUGCUGGCAUCGCCGAUCAUCCCUGAGAGGGGCCGCUCCCGAUCCAGAGAGGCCUAUCCUCAGGUGGUCCGGUCUGGCAGCAGAGGCAGGAGUCUGUCGACGGAGCGACGAGGCAGCAGGAACUCCUCUGAGAGCUCAUUAGUGGAUAUGGAUGAAAUGGCCCAAAAUUUGUUCAGGGGAAGGAAGCAGACCUACAACAAACCUAACGUGUCUAGAGGCCUUAUGACCAGAAAGCCAUUUAGCAGCACUCCAACGCAGAGAGUAAAAGACAAAGUGAGUUCUCUAGAUACGGGCGCUGAGCUGUCGGAGAUCGAUGCAAGGCUCCAAGCACUUCAGGAAUACAUGAGGGACCUGGACACAGGACACUAAAGUUCAGCUCAAGUCGGAGUUCAGGCUAACCAACUGUCAAGGAUUUUUAUCAACAACCCAGUGCCUGCAACCAGAAAAAAAUAAACAAAUGACAGACAAGUA